CCGUAAUGUCCUCAGGCGCUGCUCAGUGGCCGCCCGUGUCCCUCUCUGCUUUUUGCUUAUUUUCCAGCCACCUAAGUCCAAUCUGAAUGCCCAAGUUGUUGAUGAUUGUUUGCCUGUUUCCAAAGAUUGGUAGAUAGUUGCGUUUUUAAAAAUAUCAUUUUUCUUUAAAUCUGGUUUGCAUGGAAAACGUUAGGAGAGCUCAUAUGAAGGGCAAUAGCAACCCCGAAUCUUGAAACUCGCUCUAUCAUUCCACUGAAAUUCUACCACGUGGAAUAAUGCUUGAAGGGUCAGAAUUCUGGAACUGCCCAAUAACCAGUCGUUAUCGAGGGUUAGUUUGUGAAGGUGGGAACAGACUGGUUCUAAAAUUCUGUUUAAUGACAGUCAAUUAAGAUUUCUGAGUCUGGCUUGAGGUCCUUUUCUUGCAUCACAGCCCAGUCGUCUUUGGCAAGAGAGUCUGUAUACCGGCCACAGCUCACAAAAACAUUGUUUGAAAAAAUUUAUUUAAAGAACAUUGUUUGUAAGAUGAGUCUCAAUACAUAGGACAGACUUUCCUAAGAUGAGAUGUGUUACUUACCCAGAGCUGUGAAAGGCUUUACGAAUGGAAACUAGAGACUGAAUUUUCCAGAAUUUUAAGAAGUCUCCCCAACCAAUGGCCCCCCACUUUCUUUUUUAAACCAAAGGUAAGAGCUAGUAGUUAAAAUGACAGUUCUAAGCUUGUCCUUUUGGGUUAUGGCAGCUUCCUCUAUGAAAAGAUUUGGGAGUGAUUCAGUCACUGAAGGAAGGUUGGUGCCAGAGAGAGAAAUGGCUUUGGUGCUUUCUGGUCUAGUGAUGAGGGUAUGCCAGGCCACAGCGAGUGCCCUGGGGCCCUCCGAGGAAGGGGAGAGGGUGGGUUCUGCUGCUGCCUGCUCAGGUGUGUCCUGUAAUUUGGAUUAGGUGGGCCCAGGGCAGCCUCUUAUCACAUCUCGCCUGGAAAGCCUGACUGCUGGGUACAUUUAUAGGGCUGCAGAUAGGGCUUGGCCAAUAGAUUACCUCAAAAUCAAGAAGAGGAAGUUAUAAACAUGUGACUAGACUUAUUAAUUUUUCCUGGCUGGGCAUUUGGUGGAAUUAAUUUGUUAAUGUUUAAUAAAUCAUUAUGGAUCAUAAUUGUAAUAGAAUCUCAGGCUUUUGAUGUUACUUAGAAUCUUGGAGGAGACCACGAAGGACACUCAGACGCGGCUGCACAUGUGCAGAGAUCUUGUAAUGUAACCAUGGCUCUUCUCUGCACCAUGUGCGAAAUAAGCUGCUGCUGGGAUUGGGGCGCCGGCGUGGAUUCCAACACAGUCUGCUGAUUGCCUUGGAUGUGUGACCGAAAUGGUGGUCGGCGGCUUCGACAGUGGCUGAUCGAGCAGAUUGACAGUAGCAUGUAUCCAGGACUGAUUUGGGAGAAUGACGAGAAGAGCAUGUUCCGGAUCCCUUGGAAACACGCUGGCAAGCAAGAUUAUAAUCAGGAAGUGGAUGCCUCCAUUUUCAAGGCCUGGGCAGUUUUUAAAGGGAAGUUUAAAGAAGGGGACAAAGCUGAACCAGCCACUUGGAAGACGAGGUUACGCUGUGCUUUGAAUAAGAGCCCAGAUUUUGAGGAAGUGACGGACCGGUCCCAGCUGGACAUUUCCGAGCCAUACAAAGUUUACCGAAUUGUUCCUGAGGAAGAGCAAAAAUGCAAACUAGGCGUGGCAACUGCUGGCUGCGUGAAUGAAGUCACAGAGAUGGAGUGCGGUCGCUCUGAAAUCGACGAGCUGAUCAAGGAGCCUUCUGUGGACGAUUACAUGGGGAUGAUCAAAAGGAGCCCUUCCCCGCCGGAGGCCUGUCGGAGUCAGCUCCUUCCAGACUGGUGGGCGCAGCAGCCCAGCACAGGCGUGUCGCUGGUGACGGGGUACACCGCCUACGACGCGCACCAUUCAGCGUUCUCCCAGAUGGUGAUCAGCUUCUACUAUGGGGGCAAGCUGGUGGGCCAGGCCACCACCACCUGCCCCGAGGGCUGCCGCCUGUCCCUGAGCCAGCCUGGGCUACCUGGCACCAAGCUGUAUGGGCCCGAGGGCCUGGAGCUGGUGCGCUUCCCACCGGCUGACGCCAUCCCCAGCGAGCGACAGAGGCAGGUGACGCGGAAGCUGUUCGGGCACCUGGAGCGCGGGGUGCUGCUGCACAGCAGCCGGCAGGGCGUGUUCGUCAAGCGGCUGUGCCAGGGCCGCGUGUUCUGCAGCGGCAACGCCGUGGUGUGCAAGGGCAGGCCCAACAAGUUGGAGCGCGACGAGGUGGUCCAGGUCUUCGACACCAGCCAGUUCUUCCGAGAGCUGCAGCAGUUUUAUAACAGCCAGGGCCGGCUUCCCGACGGCAGGGUGGUGCUGUGCUUUGGGGAAGAGUUUCCGGAUAUGGCUCCCUUGCGCUCCAAACUCAUUCUCGUGCAGAUUGAGCAGCUCUAUGUCCGGCAGCUGGCAGAAGAGGCUGGGAAGAGCUGUGGAGCCGGCUCCGUGAUGCAGGCCCCCGAGGAGCCACCGCCAGACCAGGUCUUCCGGAUGUUUCCAGAUAUUUGUGCCUCACACCAGAGACCGUUUUUCAGAGAAAACCAACAGAUCACCGUCUAAGUGUGUCGCUUGGGCGCCCCACCCUGGCUGCGUCCUGCAUCCAUCUCCCUAUUGCAGUGGCCUGCAUCAUGAUUAAAGGAUGUGGAUCCCUCUGUCUGGGGUGGGAUGCCUUACUUUGCACUUAAUUUAGUGAGGGCAUUCUCGGAGGAGUAGACGUUUAAUACAAAGUGGCGGCAUAGCCCUGCUGAGAUGUCAGUGGUGGCCUGGAUGCUGUAACCCCAACGUGUGGCUAAACAUUUUAUUUUCUACAUUUUCCCCUUCAUUAUCAUUAGUUGCUGUGAUUCUUUCUGCAUUUUUGGUUAACUAUCAUUUCCAAAGACUUGUCGUUCAGUAAUAUUAGCAGAUAGCUGCUUCGAAUAAAGGAAUUUGGAGUUUAAAAAUCAACUCGUGAAAACAAGGUUGUUUUUGUCUUUAUCUUUUGUUAGAAUUAUAGAUUUAUGAUUUCAUAGGCUUGAUUCUAUAUGAAAUAUCUUUUUACUUUUAUGCAUUUUAAUAAGAUUUUAAAAUAUUUAGAUACAAACCCCCCUUUAAUGAGUGCAAGAAAAACUCUUGACUUGUUAGAAGAAAGUAUAUUCUUUCUAGAAUUCGGUGCAGGAAUAUGUCUUCAUAUCCAGGCAAACGGGUAUAUUUUUAUAUUCAGACAAUCCUUCUCCUCUGGGGCUUUGUUGCCAGGAAGAUUAGAACUAAAUUUAUUUUUUUUUCAUUUCUGUAAUGAAAUCAUCCCAGAUAUCUCUUGUCUUCUUUCCAAAUGUUUUUCACAUAUGUUUAAAAUAUUUCUACUUUGAAUUGUCGGAUUUUCCAUGUCCUUCUUUCUCCUUUGUGCCCAGCCUGAGUCAGCACCAUCCCACAUUCAGAAUCUCCCAGUGAAAGGGCAGGAAGGGGCCUCACCUGUCAGCCUUCAUUUUGAGAAGGUGGAAGGUGUUGGGGUUUGGGAGACAGCUCAUCCCAUCUCCCAAGUCUCAUGUGACAUGGUGGAUUUGUGACCGUGAGAGUGUCUGGUUUAAAAUAUGAAAAACCAGUUUCCUUUUCCCAGCGCCAUGCCUGUGGAGGUGACAGUCAGACCCAGAGGUCCUUUAGAUGUGGAUGAGCUCACAGGUGAAUCGAGGAGAAGACCAGGGGACGUGCCUUUUCCGUUUUGUCCAACAAAGCAUUAUAUUUUUAAGAAUGCCAGACCUGUUUGCUGAAGUGUUCAUAAGAUAACAAUAGGCUUGAAUCUCCAAUUCAAAUGAAUGUCAAAGCACAUAUCUUUAAUAUGCUGAAUGAAUAUUUAUUUUUGUACCCAUUUACAGUAUAUUGAUCUCUUUUAUUCUUUGUUAAAAUAAAAUGCUCUUUUUUAAAA